GAGUUCGCUAUUAUUUUGAAAUUACUGACCGGAAAAGCUGUCUGUCAGUGUUUUGAACGGAGUUAGGAAAUGUUAAGCAAGAAAAAGCCGCACUAAAACAAACCAUUGUAACCGUUUUUAGCGCGGGUCGGUCUGCGGGCGUCCACCGGGAUGCAGCGGGAGUCGUAUCCCUUCGUGGAGGACAGCUUCAGCCGCUUCCCGUCGCAGAGCAACAUUUACGGGCUGUGUCAGGCCGGGGAGCAGCAGCUGCUGGCCGCCACUCUGAAAGGAAAGGUGGUGUGUUUCAGGUAUCAGGAGCUGCAGCAGAAGGUCCGCCCGGUGGCCCGGGAGGUCCAGUUCACCUACAUACCAGUCGAUGCUGAGAUCGUAUCGAUAGAUGCAUUUAACAAGUCUCCACCCAAGAGAGGACUGGUGGUGGGCAUCACCUUCAUCAAGGACUCCGGGGACAAAGCCACCCCCUUCCUGAACAUCUACUGCGACUACGAGCCCGGCUCCGAGUUCAACCUGGAGUCUAUUGCGCAAAGCUGCCUGAACCUGGAGCUGCAGUUCACCCCCUUCCAGCUCUACCACACAGAAGUGCAGUGUACUGAUGGAGGCAGGGAGACGGUGUUCCUGCUGAGUGGACAUGACCAGAGGAUCCACCUGUACAUGGAGAACGCCUCCCUGCACCAGUUUGAGGAGCAGCCAGUGGAGAACCUGUUCCCUGAACUACAGGAGUUGCCUAGCAAUGUGUUAUGGUUGGACAUGUUGAGCAUAGCUGGGGGCCGGCGGCUCUCAGCCUUUGGCUGUCAGAACGGCUGUGUUGGACUAGCUUUGGUCAACCAGGCUGGACCAGAACUGUUGCAGACCUGGCGAGUGCAGUUUGAUAGUCCCAUCUCUACAGUUCUGCUCUUCCCACUGAGCUCCAGUCCCAAGUCCAGCCGGCUCAACACGGAGGAAAGGGAGGAAACAGAAGGCUACAACCUGUUGAUCACCAGCACGAUUGAGAUGGCAGUGGUGUACAGAGACGUCCAGGAGCGAGGUUUGUCCUGUUCCACCUGUCUCUCAGAGAGUGAUCAGUGGGACGCCGUUCUUUGUGCGCUGGUCAUCGACCUGGAUUUUGACGGACAGAAGGAAGUGCUGCUGGGAACGUAUGGACAGGAACUACUUUGUUACAAGUUCCAGCCAACAGGAAGCGGACACGAGCAGUUUCAGCUGCAAUGGAGGCGGAGCUUCAAGAGUCCCUUGUUGUCCAUCACCUACUUAGACCUGACAGGAGACGGCCUGAAAGAACUGGCUGUGCUCACCUUGAAGGGUCUUCAUAUCUUACAGCACAGUCUUACCUCCACUGCUGAGCUGCUCCUUGUAAGGCUUGCCCAGAAGGUUUCCACUCUAAAAGACAGUUCUGAGCUUCAGCGGGAGUCCUCAUCAGACCGUGAUCCGGCCGUGGAGCUGGGGGCUUCCAUCCAGACGUCUUCAUGACAACUAUAUGUUUUCUUCAGUGGUCAGAAAGCAUCGUGUCAGUGACAGGUGCUGAGAAAGAUUAAGGAAUUGAAUGUUCACUUGAGGAUAAACAUAAAUUAUGAAUAAAGAAAUCAGGUAAGAAAGAAUUAGUAUGUAAUUAUAAUUAUUUUGCAUUUUUUUUGUAACUUUAGUUCUGCAUUUUUACUUAAUGUCCAUUGUUCUCUCAUCACUGCUAAUGUUUGUAAAUGACUGAUGCUAAGAACAUUCUGUAAAUAUCAGUUAAUAAAACUAUGAUUACAUCA